AGGAUGGCUUCCCAAUCAGAAUAAAGGCUGUAAACAUUGUAAAUGAACCACGUAUCUUCAAGGGCAUUUUUGCAAUAAUUAAGCCAUUUCUGAAAGAGAAAAUGGCUGAAAGGUAUGUCCUUCACGGUUCAGACUUGGCCUCUCUCCAUCGAGUCAUUCCUCAGUCUGUGCUGCCUCAAGAGUAUGGAGGUGUGGCUGGAAGACUUGACAUGUCUGCCUGGUCCAGAACGCUGCUGGGGGCUGAGGAAGAGUUUGUGGUGGAGUUCUGUCAGCCUGAUCCUCUGGAGGGCGUCAUUAUGCCAGACUCCAUGCUGUUUGAAGGAGAGCAAGCUGGCGCACAUGGAGAUGACUCCUUCAGACAUCUGCGCUCCCAGCUUUAUUAUUGUUACUGACCUCCUGGCAAUGUGCAAUGGCUUCUUCUGAAACAUUUGUUUAGCUAUGACCAACUAUGUAUUCACAGGUCACCGGAUGAAUCUGACCAUUUAAAAUAUCUAGUACAGACAGCCAUUUAGAUGCUGGAUAUAUUCUUAUUGCUUUGGCUUAAUCAGGUUACCAUCUGUUUUACACACUUGAUUCAAAAUCAUUUACAGAAUACUCAUUGCCUUGGGUUUUAAUCUGUGUCUGUAUUUGGUACAAUGAGUAUUUAAAUGUAUAAAACAAUGCUCAGCACUAUAUCAUUCUUAUUUUAUGUCACAAAUCAAAUAUUGCUUGCCUUAAUUUACGGUGAAGGGAAAAUUCGAUAUUUAGAAAGGUUAAUUAAAUAGAGGAUUUAGAUGGCACAUUGGAGAUGGUGGAUCAUGUCAGUUAUAUCCAAAGCAAUAACAAUGUGCAUUUUUAAAAUUAAAAGCCUCAGUCCAAAAGAUUAGUUUAUAAUUUUAUCCUAUAGAGAAUUAAAUAAUGACCAUGUUUAUUUCCAAUUUGUGGACAGCUCUAAAAUAUAGUUUUCCUUGUUUAUGUCUUUUACUGUUCGUGAGUGUGCGUUCAAUUGUUUGUACACACAAUACCAUUGUCAUUGUAAGUUAUGUAAUAAGAUUUAGAAUUGGUUAGACAUCAGAUAGUGGUACAUGUAAAGCAUAUUAAUCUGAGGUCAGUCACUUAUUUGUAUCUCAACAACACAAUAUUUUUUAAAGUUAAGUGGCCAGUUCACAGUGUGUGUUUGUAUAUUGUCAUUUGCCAAAAUUGUUCAGAUGAAUAUUAACCUUUCAUGUUGUAUACACCUUGUAAACAUAACUGGUUUGUUUUAUUUUAAGUAUUAAGGGAUGUAAUUUAAUUUUUGUCUUACUGAGCACAUUUUAUGCCUUAUUUUUAAGCCUUAUAUUUAAUGUCAGUAUUGUAGACAUAUCUUAUUAUUUAAAUAUUUUGUGAAACAGUCAAUAAAGAUGGACAUUUUGGGUUGGCUGAAGAA